UAACUGAAAAAAACAGACUUCUGCACAUUUUCCAAUGACCUGUAAUCUUCCCCGUCACGCUUUAACAGCAAAGUGACUCCCUCAACAGAACAAAAGGGAGAAAAAGAAAAAAAAAAUGGCUUCACUUCAAGCUUCAUGGUUUUCUUCCUUGAGCAACAUUUCUCCCACAAACGUCAAGAAAUCCCACUCCGUUAAACCAUUCAAAGUCAGCUUCUCUCUGAACUCGUCCAAUGGGGAAAUUUCACAACCGAAUUCACCAAAUUCUCCAGACACUUCUUCUGAAGCCGAACCAGGUCCUGUUGACCCCGUUAAGCUAGCAUUCGCCAAAGCUAAGGAGUACAAGAAGUCGGUAAAAGAGAGUCCAAAAUUGAGAACUGAGCAAAACCCAGUUGAGGAUUCGGUUAAAGUUGCAUUGGAAAACGACAAAGAGUCUAAGAGGAAUAAAGGCAUGGUGAGUAAUGACAUGAAUGGAGGGGAAAGCGACAGAAUUUCUUCAGGAUUGAAGGAAAAAAGUGGAGGAAAUUCAGGUACUGGGACUGUGGAAAAGAAGGAUGUAAAGUUGUCAGUUUCAAGCAUUGAUUUUAUGGGGCUCAACUUUGCUGAUAAGAAGAAAGGCAGGGGACUUCCACCUGGUUUGGUUCCAGUCUCAGACCCUUUUCCAGAAGGGGAUAUUUCUGAGGUGCAGAUUAUUGUUGGAGACACCAGCAAGUUCGGAAAUGGAAAAGAGAGCAGCUCGGAAUCGGUUUCAAAUAGCUCUAGUGGUAAGGCUAAGGAAGUGCCUGAUUCAGUUAAGAUUGCAAUGGAAAAGGCUAAAGAGUAUAGGAAGAAUAAAGGUGUGGUUGAUACUGACAGUGGCAUAAGUAGAGGAGAAAGCGGCAAAAUUUCAGGACUGAAGGAAACAACUGAGGGAAAACUUGACACUGGGACUGUGGAAAAGAAGGCUGACAAGAAGGGAGAAUUCUCAAUCUCGAGUGUUGACUUUAUGGGGCUUAACUUUGCUGAUAAGAAGAUAGGCCGGGGACUUCCACCGGGGUUAGUGCCAGUUUCGGACCCUUUUCCAGAAGGUGACAUUCCUGAAGUGGAGAUUAUUGUUGGAGACACCGGCAAGUUCCAAGAUGCAAAGUCAUUAAAGCCUGAUCAGCCUCAAGAAUCUGAUUCAGAUGUUUACAAACCGAAAGUUUCGACAUGGGGAGUCUUUCCUAGACCGAGCAACAUUUCGAAAACGUUUGGUGGUGGCCGGGUUAUUAACCCCGGGCAAGCACUUGAAACGGCUGACGAGAAAGCAGCUAAAGAAGCCCGCACAAGGAAAUUGAUUGCUGAUUACAAGAAGAAAGUUGGGAUGAACAUUGAUCCAAAGUUGAAGUCUGCGUGUAAGGAGGCAUUGAAAGAGGGUGACUCUUUGAUGAAUCUUGGAAAGCUUAAUGAAGCAUUACCCUAUUAUCAAAAGGUUAUGGACAAAUUGCCAUUCCAGAGUGAACUUCAUGGAUUAGCUGCUCUGCAAUGGUCUAUUUGUCAAGAUUCCCUUCGAAGUGAUUGUUGACAGGCCAAAUGAAGCCCAAUCGAUGUACGAGAGGCUUCGGUCGCACCCGAACG